GAGCAGCAGCAGCAGCAGCGGUAGGACAGCAGUGAUCGUGAUCAUCGGCGAAGAGUGUUCCCACGGGGUGGUAGAAGCGUGCCGGCAUGCCGUGGUCGAGAAGACCCGCGGCAGAAGCGUGGAUGUAACCGAGGGAGCCGCGAUGCCGAUCUCGGCUGGAUCGCGAUGACCUCUGUCGUCCCGUUCGGUUUCUACGCGACCGCGUCGUCUCUCGGCCGGUCGUGAUUCGACGGAAGGCGCGCGUCGCGACGCGGUGCUCUGUGCGUGAUCGUGGCGACAGCUGGAAACCGAGGAGGAAUCGCGGCGAGAAGCACGAGGGCUGGGCAUGGCCACUCUGGCGGGCAGCUCGUCGUCAGGCCUCGCCAGGCCAGCGACCAUGCUGGAGCAGCUUCUCGAGGAGAUCAACUUCCAGAGGACCAAGGAGCUCCGGCAGAUGCUGAAGGAUGACUCCGGCUUCGUGAUACUUCAGGGUACAACCUACUGGACGGACCUGUUCGUCAGGCACUUCCUCUUCCAGGCAGAGCACACGAUCGACGGCGACGAUCUGUUGUUCUUCGUGCGCAAGAAACACGUGAAAACGUCGUCGAGAUACUUGCCAAAGUUCGAGACAGAGGUGGACGUGUUCCGGAAAGACAGCAAGAAACUACCGAUCGGCGAUCCAGAUAUAGACUGGGAGGAAACCGUGUACCUGAACCUGGUCGUACAUCAGUUCGACUACACGCUAACGUUAGCGAUCUGCACAAGAACGAGUCCCAAGGAAUUGCAAGUAUUACGAAGGCACUCGCAGAAGGUAUAUGCGAGUCCGAGUCGACGGCGAAUGGACGCGAAGGGAGAUCUCGAGGAGAUGACGUACCCGCAUAUAUGCUUCAUGGUGGACAAUUUCGACGAAGUUUUCUGUGAUAUUCUAGUCAGGGACGGGGAGAUGGUAUGCGUGGAAUUGGUGGCGUCCGACAGAGAGGGCGCCAUACAGGGUGUCAUUUUCCUCGGUUCCAUCAGAUACGACGCGCUGAAGAAAGUGUACGACGCGAGAUCCAGCCUGAGCACCAAGAUGGCGCAGCGCAUGACCUUUGGCCUGUUCUCCGGCGCGGCCUCUCAGCGAAUCGAAUUCGUUCGAAUGAAGGGACCUCGUGGUAAGGGUCACGCGGAGAUGGCUGUGACGAAGCCAAAGGGAUCGGGGGCCGAGACGCCGACCUCGGAGCCCGGCUACUGCGCCACGGAUUCCCUGUGGGACGCCGACUGGGACGACGCCGAGGAAUUGUUCAUGUAUCGACAUCAACGAAGGUUAUCCGAUCCAAGCGCUAAUUUGAAUAAUUUCGUCCGCGGUGGCUGGCGAACGAAGCCGGACACGGCUGCGACCAAGGCUAGGUCAGAGAACGAGGGCCUGGACUCGAUGGCCAACGGACUGAGCGAGAUCGAAGCCGGAGACGUUCGUGACGCCGACCUACAGGAUAGCAGCUGGGGCGGCCGGGGCUCACCAGGAAAUCACAGGAGUCCGCACGUUAGGCGACGAAGAUCCCCUCUUCCCAAUAGGCAACAACGACCGAAGCAAAAGCAACGUAACUCGUGGGAAUGUAGCGAAAAUGAGAACUCGCCGAAUCACAAGGAGGCCUAUCACGAGACACACGGCCUCCAGAACCACCAGCACAACCAUAUCGAGGUCGGCAGCGAGAUUCUCGUGCCGGCCGCUGCGUGCUUGACGGACGACAACGUGAGACAGAAAUUGGACGCGGGUGCGAUACUGGUGCACGGCAAGGAGGAACUGCCGUUGGGAUACGAGGAGGCGGACGAUAACAGGAAACGAAGGCCGUACAGCACCGGACAGAUCAAUCAGGAGCGACUGAACAACCUGGAGAACGACGAGGAGCAACGACGGCUGAGCGACGACGAAGUGGUCAGGGUGCGUCGGACAGAAGGACGCCGGCGUCUGCGCUCGGCAGGCUCCGACCACGAGGAGUACUACACCGGUCGGAACAAGAACAAAAACGAGGAGCAGUUGAAAGAUAAAAACGCGAACGCGCGUAUUACCCGCGGCAACCUGACCACGCACAGGCAGAGCGCCACCCUGCCGAGAAGGAGGCGAAGACGAGCGUUGUCCGGCAGCUUCGCGGGCAACCCACUUCCUCCGCACCGAGUCACACCAGACGGCACAGCUAUCUACUAUUGGUGCGAGCUCCCGCGCCGCCCCGGCUCACAGGAGCUGGACGACGGCGCUUACAACCCCCUGUGGACGAUGCGGGGAUUCACGCAAACCUUCCACUUCUGGAAGGAGACCAGACGGGCUCAAUCCGUGCCCCUGAACGCGUUUCUUACGUACAUUACGUUGCCCUGGUGGAGCAUUGCCAAAGAUAUUCUUGACCAUCGAGAAGGACCUAUUCUGACGUUCUAGCCAACACGAGGACGUUUCUUUUUCAUUUAAAACGGGUU